AAAGAUUCCAUUCUAGAUUUCCGCUGGUCAUGACAAUCGAAUGGUCUCUUCCUUCGCAACAUUCCAAUGCAUCUAGCGUCCUUGGAGAGGCACGAAGCCUUAGAUCUUGCGUAUAUCAAAAGAGAUUCGGAGACAGACAUGCGAAAAGGAUACAUUUGACUAGGAUUCGCGAUAGUUAUAUAUAAAACUAGUUAUUCAUUAACAAGUGUUAUCAGUAGUGAGAACCAAGAGAGAAGGUCAACAAAAUACUGUACAUAAGUAUGAACAGCACUAAAUGAAGGACCAUUUGGUUCAUAAUCGAAGGCUUUAGCCUAGAAAUUUUACCGCGAGAUUUUGUAAUGAUGGAUUGCCGCGUCAAAGUAAAGAAAAGAGCUAAACUGAAAUCAAAGGGACAAAAUAUUUCGUGAAACUUUCAGCGGAGCGAUGUCGUACGUCGAAGCUCCUACGUUUGAAAAGGAUAGAAUCAAAACUCUCAAAAAUGAAAGAAUAUUUUCACAGAAGAAGACAUUUACCAAAUGGGUCAAUUCCUUCCUGGAUAAGUCUGGCCUUCAUGUCAAUGACUUAUUUGAAGACUUGGCAGAUGGAAAAAUCCUCAUAAGUCUAUUGGAGAUCAUAUCAGGGGAGAAAAUCGGCUUUGCAGCGCGUGGGAAGUUCAGAGUCCAUAACAUCCAGAAUGUGAAUAAAGCACUUGAAUUUCUACAAAAAUCUGUCAAGCUAGAGAGUAUAGGCGCUGAGGAUGUUGUUGAUGGCAAUGAAAGGCUUAUUUUAGGCUUGAUAUGGAUGAUCAUAUUAAGAUUCCAGAUAGCUGAUAUAUCCUACCAAGAUGAUAUGUCAAAAGAGAGGAAAUCAGCCAAGGAAGCUCUUUUGCUGUGGUGCCAAAGGAUGACAAGAGGCUACCCAGAUGUUGACAUUCAGAACUUUUCGACUAGUUGGCGCAAUGGACUGGCAUUUAAUGCACUGUUACAUAAACACAGGCCAGACCUUAUAGAUUAUGCUACCCUGAGGCCAAGUCAGCAUGAAGCAAACCUCAACAAUGCAUUUACUGUGGCUGAAGAGAAACUUGGAAUCACAAGGCUUCUGGAUGCUGAAGAUGUAGAUUGCCCUCGUCCAGAUGACCGAUCGGUCAUGACGUAUGUGGCUGCGUAUUACCAGUACUUUGCCAAGCUAAAGUCCGAAGAGACUGGGGGGCGGAGAAUAGCAAAGAUUAUUGGUGUUAUUAUGGAGAUUGAGAAAAUGGAGAAAUCCUAUGAAUCUAUGGUGUCUGAUCUCCUGCAUUGGAUAAGCAGCAAAAUAACUGAACUAGCAAGACCAUUUGAGAAGAACAUCUUUGCAGUCCAGAGGGAGCUUGGGGCUUUCAAGCACUUCAGAACUGUAGAAAAACCACCAAAAUAUACUGAGCGUGUGAACAUUGAAGCUCAUCUCUUCAACCUUCAAACAAAAAGAAAGGCAAAUAACCAAAGACCCUUUGCACCACCCGAAGGAAAACUGGUAAAAGAUAUCAACAGAGCCUGGCAAGUAAUGGAGAGUGCAGAACAUGAGAGAGCUCAAGCACUUAGAAAUGAACUUAUCAGACAGCAGAUGCUUGAAAAGAUGGCAGAAAAGUUCCAGAGAAAGGCCGACCUGCGCGAGUCAUGGCUGGAUGAUAUGGUGCAAGUAAUUGAUGACGAGUUACUUGGGCAAGAUGCUGCCACCGUUGAGGCUGCUCUGAAGCGCCACGAGGCCAUCAGCACUGACGUUAAAGCAAGGGAAGAAAGAUUUCAGAUGGUGUUUAACUUAGCCCAAGAGCUUAUAGACGAAGACUAUUACAAAGCAGAUGUUAUCAGGAAAAGAGAAGACGUGAUCAUGGUGAAGUGGGACAAGUUAGUCAAAAAGCUGGAGGCACGGCGUAACACUUUGACUGGCUUUACUCAGCUUGUGGGCGUGUUUCGUGAUAUGGACAGCGCUCAUGCUGAUAUGUUGGACAUCGAGGCUGGUCUAAGAUCUGAAGAUUAUGGGCGUCAUCUUCUAGAUGUACAGAACAUGCUGGAUAAGCACAGUUUAGUGGAGUCUCAAAUCCAGUCCCAGCAUGAACGGACGCUUGCCAUAAAUACACAGGCGCAAAGCUUCGUCGCUGCUAAGCAUCCUGAGACUGAGGUCAUAAAACAAAGACAGAGGCUACUUACCCAAGCCUUCCAGGCCCUUGUUCAACUCGGAAAAGAGCGGAGAGCGAGGCUGGAGGACUCACUCGAGCUGUACACGUUUUUUGAAGAUGUAGAAGAAGAGGACAUUUUUAUUAAAGAGACAGAUAAGCUUGCCGCAUCCAAAGAAGUCGGCCGUGACUUGGCAAGUCUUACCAGGUUACAGCAAAGGCACGAGGCUCUCGAGGCGGAAAUCAACGGACGCUUCAGUCAUUGUGAAGGGAUAAUCGCUAAAGGCCAGGCGCUUAUCGACAAAGGUCACUUCGGCGCAAAAGAAAUCAAAGCAAAGAUAAAACAACUUCAAGCAAACUGGAUCAAAUUAAAAGAGCUGGCGGGCACUAGACGGGAGAGGCUAAAGGACGCUGCCCAGUCUUUACAGUAUUACUCUGACGCUAAUGAUGCUGAGUCGUGGAUGAAAGAAAAGAUGUUUGUUGUAUGCAGCGAAGAUUACGGCCGAGACGAGCAGAGUGCUGUGUCACUUCUACAGCGUCACAGCCAUAUCGAGGACGAGAUCAAAGCCUUCGCUGAUGACAUCGCCCAGCUAAAGGAACAGAGUAAACUAAUGGGGGAGGCCAUCAAGAACACAUCCCAACAGACAUUGGCCCCGAAGACAUGUUUGGAAGAAGUUGAAGUCGAGACUGAUGAAGAGGUUGAGGAAGUUAUAGAGAGAGAGGUGACUCAGGAUGUCGUACAGAUGGUCAGUGUACCCCAGGUCCAGGCGAGAUACAUGUACUCUGGACAAGGACUUGCCGUCGACAAGGGAGAGGUUCUCUAUCUGAUAGCGAAGACUAACAAGGACUGGUGGAGUGUAAGGCGUACGAAAUCGAGAGAGGCAGGCUAUGUGCCUGCGAACUAUGUAGUCGAGAUUGAGCCAAAAGCAGUGAAAAAAGUGACAAAGAAGACAACGAUGGUACCAGAGAAGGUGAUGGUGAAAAGGAAAGUAAAAAAGAUGGUCACACUGAAAGAACCGUCAGGCCCAUCCUCGCAACUAAAGAGACGAGAGAAACGGCGCGGCGUGCAAAGGCAUUUUACGGCACACUUCGACCGGGAUAACGUCGCAGUGAGACAGAUUACAAUUACUAAUACGUAUAAUAGACUGAUUGAAACAUCUGAGAUGCGCCGAUUAAGCCUACAAAAGGCGAUAAAAUACUACCACUUCUGUCACGAGUGUGAAGACAUGGACCUUUGGAUGUCAAACAAGGAGCGGCAGUUCAAGUCAAUUGAAUCCCAAAACACUCUUGAUGCAAUACAGACGGUCCGACAAAAGUUGGAGCGUUUCGCCACUGAGAUAGCGACAAAAUGCAGUCGUGUAUCUGACAUCAAUCAGCUGGCAGAUGAGUUGAUCCAAGAUGGUCAUGCCCAUUCCGCUGCUGUAAAGGCAAAAAGAAAGGAAAUAAAUGAACGGUGGGAAAAAUUGCAACGACUUAAAGUCAAGGAGGAAGAGAAUCUGGCAGAGAAACACGGUGUCGAGUUGUUUCUUGACGUUUGUGAAGAGAUGCGCUCGUGGAUCCAGGAAAAAGACGCUGCGCUGUGUAAAGAGGAGCUUGGAAAGGACAUCGAGACAGUGCGAGCACAGCUGCGGCGACACCAGGGAAUCGAGAGGGAUCUAGCUGCUGUUGAAGACAAAGUUGCAAAAUUGCAAGAUCAGGCAAAAUCGCUGGUUGUAAGGCAUCCUCGCCAGGCAAGACAGAUUAAGGCAAAAGAAGGGGAAGUCAUCAGUCUCUGGGCUAUACUCAAGAGCAAGGCAAACAAGAGAAAGGGACUCCUUGAUGAGGCGUAUGGCCAGCAAGGCUUCUUGGCGGACGCGAGAGAUCUGAUGUCAUGGUCUGCCGAGUUGAAGGAAUCGUUUAUCUCCGCCGAGGAUCCCCAAGACAUUGCUUCUGCAUCUGAGCUUAUUCAACAGCAUGAAGAGAAGUUUGAUGAGAUUCAAACCCGUUUCGAACGGUUUGAUCAACUUGAUGAAUAUGGCCGAAAUCUACUAGCGACCAGCCCCCAAGCAGUUCAAGUGAAGCAGAGCAUGGCAGCCCUGAAGGCGGAAAAGGCUGCUCUUUCCUCUAGCUGGGCUAAGCGUAACGACAGGCUCCAUCAAGGCCUCGAUCUUCAGACAUUUAUCAGAGACGCCGAACACGUAGAUGCGGUGACAGCAUCACAAGAGACCUUCUUGGCUAAAGAGGAUCUAGGGUCGUCUGUUGAUGAGGUGGAAUGGUUGCUGAAGAAACACGAAGAUUUUGUCAAAACGCUGACGGCACAAGAGGAGAAAGUCCGAUCCUUGGCGGACAUGGCAAAGACGAUUAUUCAUGCUCGUCAUCAGGCUAGGGACUGGGUCGCUUCUCGUGCCGAAUCGGUGAUUAAUCGACGGGAUAACGUGAAGAAUCAGGCCUCUGACCGACAGAAGGCUCUGCUAAGCUCACAAGUGCUUCAAAAUUUUAUCAGGGAUGCAGACGAGUUUGGUGGCUGGAUUAAGGAAAAGUCUCAAAUCGCCGAAGAUGAAUCGUUUAAGGACCCCAAAAAUUUACAGGGAAAUCUUCAAAGACACAAGGCAUUUGAAGCAGAGAUAACAGCUAACAAGGACGGGAUAGAUCGGAUAAACAAAGCGGGUAAAGAUUUGAUCCGAACUAAGCAUUUUGGCGCCCAGAAGGUAAAAGACAAGCUCAAAGGCCUGAACGAGGCGUGGCUUAACCUUGUGGCAGACACCACAGAAAAAGGCAACAAGCUCCAGCAAGCAGAACGGCAACGGCAACUAAACCGCGCCAUGGAAGAUGUCUGCAUUUGGAUGAACGAAACAGAGGCCGUCCUUGGCUUAGAGGACACCGGUCGAGACUUGGCAGGAGUGAAAUUCUUGACAAAGAAGCACCAACUGCUUGAAUCGGACAUUGAAAUGCACGCGACUGUAAUAGUGGAUGUCGCCGACAAGGCUCAAGAGCUUGUCUCGCAAGGGCAUUUUAACAGUGACACGAUCAAGUCUGACUCAGAGAACCUGCAAAGCAGGUAUAGGUCACUAUUGUGCCUGACCGACAAGCGACGAUCCGUCCUUGAGGAUGCAUUUGCACUUCACCAGUUCAUUUACGAUAUCGAGGUCGAGAUGACCUGGGUGCGAGAGCACUUGCAGCAAGCAUCUUCCGGAGAUCUGGGCACUAGUCUUAUCUCCGUGCAGCGGCUUCAAAAGCGUCACUUGGCCUUCGAGAACGAGCUGACCAAUCACCAAACGAGGAUUGACACCGUCUUGAGUUCUGGUCAAGAUUUGAUUGACAGUUGCUAUAGUGCCACCGACAAGGUAGAAGAGCGGUGCGAAGAGCUGCAAAAUCUCUGGGAUGAACUAGUGGAUAUGGCUGCCCAACGCAAACAAAGGCUUCAUGAUUCCUUCCUUUCGCAAAAGUACCUAUCAGAAGCCAACGAAGCGGAUUCUUGGAUGAACGAUAAGGCGGGCCUAGCUGCAAGCCAAGACUACGGCAAGGAUGGCGCGUCUGCAGAGACACUGCUUACCAGGCAUAAAGCACUGCAGGUCGACGUGGCCGCGUUCUCCACCACGAUCGAUGAGCUAGCCGAGGAAGCUAGAAGACUGGUGCAAAGCUCCCAUUUUGACUCAGAGAAAAUAUCUUCGACACAACGUGACUUAGAAGAGCAAUUUUGCGGUCUGAACACACUGGUCAAGACGCGACACACGCGACUGACAGAGUCCAAGAAGUUGCAUGAAUACAGGCGGGAGGUGGAAGAGAUCUCUGCUUAUGUGAGCGAGCAGCUACAGACUGCCGCCUCUGAAGACUAUGGAACAGACUUCGAGCAUCUCCAGGUUAUACAAGGACGAUUUGGCGACUUCCAGCGAAGUGUUGCUUCCUACGCAGAAAACUUCCGAAACGUUGAUAACCUAGCGAAGAUGUUGGUAUCCGAAGGCCACACGGACACUGUCGCAAUCAAGGAACAACAGGAUAUAACAAGGUCCAUGUGGUUACACCUCGAAGAUCAGAUCAGGCUGCGUCAGAAGCGACUCACGAGCGCUGAAGAGAUCCAUCGCUUCAACCGUGACUUAAAUGAGUUAAUAAGUCGCAUACAGGAAAAAGACGCAGCUAUAAACUUGGAAGACUUGGGCCGCGAUUUGGCAAGUACGCAGGUGCUGCAGCGAAAACACGAGGUAUUCGAGUGUGAGCUUGUGACCCUCGAGAAGCAGAUUGAAGAGCUCACUGUGGAGUCAGCCAGACUGCAGGCUACAUACCAAGGUCAGACCGCACGCUCUGUCGAGCAGCACGAGAAGUACGUCUUGAGUUUAUGGGAAGAGCUUAAGCGUAAGACAUCCAGGAAGAGGCGUAAACUACAUGAUGCGUAUGAGUUCUACAAACUCGGCAACACGGUACGUGACCUGAUCUCCUGGUGUAUCGAGACCAGUCGACUGAUAGCCUCCGACGAUCCCGUACAUACCGUGUCGGAUGCUGAGCGCAUGAUGCGAGAGCUGGACGAACACCACGCGGAGAUGGACGCGCGCGAGGAAAGUUUCGCGCGAGUGCUCGAGACAGGGGAGAAAAUGAUAGAGGAUGGACACUUUGCAGAGGAAGAGAUAACCGACAAGCUGGAGUUGCUGCUGUCGGAGCGUGAACGCCUGUACGCCUCAUGGGAUACUCGGAAAGAGGAACUCAGUGAGGCGUAUUACCUGCACGUGUUUCUAAAAGACGCCAAGCAAGUGGACUCGUUCACUAGCUCGCAGGAGGCGGUGCUGUUGUGCGCAGAGCUCGGUAAUAGCGUUGAUGAGGUGGAAUUCCUUCUAAAGAAACACGAAAACACGGAGAAGCUAGUCCUUUCUCAGGAAGAGAAGCUGUCAGCGCUGCAAGUCUUGGGUAAAGAGCUCAUUGACAACCAGCAUAAUCAGUCGGACAUGAUCCGCAACAGGCUGAGUGGUGUGUGCGAUCGUAGGGAAAAACUAAAGGCUGAGUUAGACAAGAGACGCGAAAAGCUGCAGAAUUCACACAAGAUCAUGCAGUUCUAUCAGGAUGUAGUGGAGUCUGAAUCAUGGAUUAUGGAAAAGCUUCAGACCGCUACCGACGAGUCGUUCAAAGAUCCAAUCAACCUUGAGAGCAAGUUGCAGAAGCACCAGGCCUUCGAAUCAGAACUGACGGCACAUGAACGAGCCAUUGACUCGGUAAGAGACAAGGGAGAACAGUUAAUAUCCUGUGGUCAUUUCGCUGCGAGUGAGGUUGAGGUACGAAUCGAGGCGUUGUAUAUCCAAUGGGAGGAGCUACUGGAGGCAUCUGCUACUAAGGGGCGAAAGCUACAAGAGGCGAGGGAUCAUCAGCAGUUUAACCAGGAAGUGGACAUCGCAGACUCUUGCAUCACCGACAAGGAGACUAUAGUGAUAUCGUCAGACUACGGUCGGGACUUCGAGCACUGCGUUCGAUUACAGCGUAAAAUGAAAGAAUUUGACCAAGAUUUAGCUGUGGACGCGGCGCGUGUAGAAGCCAUUAAUGUGCUGGCCGAGAAGCUGAUUGGCCAAGGGCACGCGGGCUCUGUACGUAUCCAGCAGCGGCAAAACGCACUCACUGAGCGCUGGAAUCGUCUUCAGGACAAGGCCAGUGAGAGGCGUCAAAAGCUUGCAGAGGCGUGCGAGAUACAUGCCUUCAAUAGAAACUGCAGGGACGUCUCCAGUAUGAUCAAUGAGAAGGCCGCUGUUCAGACGAGUGGUGAAGUCGGUCGUGACCUGCCGGCAGUAGAAGCUUUGAUCAGGAAGCAUGACGACGUGGAAAGAGAGUUGACGGUGAUUGAGGGAAAAAUGGAGGAGUUGGAAGGCGAAGCUUAUCGUUUGGUCCGCUCUCAGCCACACAUGGCGCGCGCCGUGCAGGCCAAGCAAGCUGACAUCAUAGAGCAAUGGGAGCGGCUUAACGAUUUGUUUGAUCAGAGGAAAGUGAUCUUGGAAGCAAAUCGGCUGCUUCAAAUAUUCCUCGUUGAUUACCGUGAUUUGAUGUCGUGGAUGAACGACCUGGGCACAAGGAUGUCGUCAGGAGAGCUAGCGGACAACGUUCGUGAUGCAGAAGCUAUGCUGGGGCUACACGAAGAAAGAAAGGGGCAAAUGAAUGCACGCAUGGACUCCUACAAUGCGACAGUGGCAUUUGGGAUGAGUCUGGUUGAGCAAGGUCAUGUUUCCGCCGAUGUGAUCAAGCAAAAUGUGGACGACCUUGUGUUGGAAAACACCGAACUGCAGCAGCUUUGGCAAAGUAGAAAACUGAUGCUUCAACAGUCUACAGAUCUACAGAUGUUUCUUGCCGACGCCGAGAAAGCCGAAAACUGGAUUAAGAACAAGCAGAUGGUUGCCCAAAGUAUCGAGUCACGAGAGAGUUUGGAUAACGUCGAGUCUCUUCUGAAAUCUCACAUUAACUUUGAGAAAUCUCUUUCAACCUAUGAGGAGAAUAUCAGGAGCCUGGAAUCCUCUGCAAAGCAGUUUCUACAGGUGAAACACUACCACGCGGAAGCCAUACGCUCAAAGUAUCUCGAGAUUUUGGACAAAUGGGAGGCGUUGAAGAAACUGGCGGCAUCACGAAGUGGAAAACUUGGGGAAUCCAAACUGCUUUUUCAGUUCCUCAGGGAUGCUAAGGAGCUGGAAUCAUGGAUGAACGAAAAGCUUCAAAUUGCGGCCGAAGCUUCAUACAGAGAAGCCACCAACCUACAGCAAAAGCUACAGAAACACCAGACAUUCGAGGCCGAAGUGUCCGCACACAAGAGCGAGCUGGACGCGAUAACACAGACUGGACAAUCCCUUAUGCGCAACUCACCAAGCUGCCAGGAAACAGUGGAAUCGCGACUUAAAGACUUGGCCGACUUGUGGAGUCUGUUGGGUGAUUUGUCCGAUAACAAGGCACAGCGGUUGAAGGAAGCAAUCCAGAAGCAGACUUUUGAGAGGAAUGUGAUUGAGUUGCAGGCGUGGAUAGAGGAGGUUGAGAAUGCGCUUGCGUCUGAGGAUUACGGCAAGGACAUGCGGAGCGUAAAUAACCUGAUCAAGCGUCAUCAGUCGCUGCAAAUGGAUAUCGCCCGAUAUGAAGAUCGCGUUAGUGAGCUGCUAAAACAAGCCGGAGAGUUUGUUGCCGCUGAGCAUUUCCUUAAGGACGAGAUUGCAGACAGAGCUGCCGAUGUUGCUGAAAGGUUCGAGCAGCUUGUUGAGCCUGCGACAGAGAGAGAGCUAAGACUCCAAGACAGCCUUGCUCUCCACCAGUUCCUCGCCGACACCCAGGUAGAGGUGGACUGGAUCAAAGACAAAGAGCCCAUAGCUAAGUCCGAAGACUAUGGACGAAAUCUGCUUGGGGUACAAAGCCUAAUGAAGAAGAUGGAAGGUUUGGAAUCGGAGAUUAACUCCCACGAACUGUUGGUGCAGGCGUUGCUCGAGACGGGAGAACAGCUCGUCUUGAGGGGCCACUACGCCGAGCGAGAUAUCGGGGCUAAGUCCCAGAUGUUGCUGGAACUGUGGGAGGAGCUUCGAAUAAAUGCACAGACGAGAAAUGAAAAGCUCCAGGCGUCCCUAGCUACACAUCAGUACUAUGACCAAGUAUUUGAGAUGGAUGCUUGGGUGAGCGAGAAGUUGUCGUUAGUGUCAAGUACAGACUAUGGACGAGACGAGACCAGCGCAGAGACUCUGUUACGCAAGCACGACGCGUUACAAUUAGAGCUUGACGCUAACGAGAGCAAGAUACGAGACUUGAGAUCCAUAUAUAGCGAGCUGAGCGACGCUGGAGACACUGAAUUUUCGAAGCUAGAGAAAAUUCAGGACGAGCUCGAGGAGCGCUACACGCAUUUGCGCGAUGUCGCGCGCGAUCGCCAUCGCCGCCUCCUCGACUCGAGCCGCCUGUUCAACUUUCUUCGUGAAGCUGACGAGCUGGGAGCAUGGGUGGAGGAGAAGGAAGCCAUCGUUUCGUCAGACGACUGCGGGCGGGAUCUCGAGCACGUGGAAAUGCUGAUGCAGAAAUUCGAGGUCUUCACACGUGACUUGGUCUCAUCCGGGGAACGCAUUGCAAAGUUGACGGAGCAUGCGCAGAUGUUGCUAGAUGACGAACAUACGGAUAGCGAGAUGAUCGAGCAACGUGCAGAGGUGAUUUGUGAACGUUGGGAUGGGCUGAAAGAGCGCACAAGCACAAGGCUGGAGGAGCUCGACCGCGCGAGGGACUUGCACGCUUUCCGCAGAAGCGUGGACGAAAUACACGCCUGGAUACAAGAGAAAAUAGACGCUUUGGGCGUGGCCGAGAACGGUGCCCCAGACCUUCGCCACGUCCAGGCGCUUCAGCGCAAACAUCAAGGAUUUCAGCGUGAUCUCCAAGCGCUGGGCGAGAAGGUGGACCUGGUUUUGCGCGAUGCGGACGACUUGUCCGCCAAGGUUCCAGCACACAAACAUGAGCUGAUCAUGGAGAAGCAGGAAGUGCAGAAGGCGUGGAAAAAGCUACAGCAGCUUGCUUCCAGCAAACAGUCGCACCUUCUCCAGUCAGAAGGAUUGCAAGCUUUCCUUGACGAUUAUAGAGACCUUAUGUCCUGGAUAGAGACCACCUCGGCCCAGGUUGCGGAAGAAACUCUCGGCUCGACAUUUGCAGACGUCGAAACUCUGAUCGCCCAAAAUCAGGAACUGCAAACAGAAAUUGACUCAAGAGCAAACUCCGUGGAGGAGUUCCAGUCACGUGCGGAUCAGCUGUUAGGAUCUGGUAACCCAUCUGCCGAGGACAUUCGCAAUAAAAGCAGUCACGUGCGCGACACGUGGGACAGGCUGGGCGCGUCUUUGAGGACUCGCACGCAGCAGUUACAACACAACAAGGAGAUCCAGAGAUUCAAGCGCGAGGCUGAUCAGCUGGAGGCGUGGCUGAACGCGCGUGAACACGAUCUCUUGUCCGAGGACGUGGGUGACUCGCUAGAGGCCGUUGAAGAACUUCUCAAGAAGCAAGACGAGUUUGAAAAAAUGCUGUUAACCCAAGGAGAAAAGUUCAAUAGUCUCACGAAUACGUCAUUUUCUGUACACAAAAAGUCUUGUGCCCCAAAGCAGGUGAACAGUGAAGAAGCUAGAACUGUUAAGGCAGUCACGGACUCUGUGGUAGCAAAGCCGGGAAUUGAUGUUGCAAAGGAAAUACCGGAGCAAAUGAACGGUCUUUCGGAGGUAAAGGAAUCUAAGUCCGUGAGUGCAGAAUCUAUGGACUCUUUUGGUAAUGCAAGCGCUGCUCGAACCAGCAGCCCCUUCAAUGCCGUUUCACCGCAGCGUCAGUUGGACUCUUCUGAUAAAGCGAGUUCCACUCGAACCAGCAGUCCAUUCAAGGCUGUUCUGCCACAGCGUCCUAUUAACACGGCUGAUGAAGUAACCAAUUUGAUCAACGCAUCGAAUUUGAAGUCGUCUCUAUCUGAAUCACCUGCUGAGAAGGAGCAAGUUCGCUCCCCUCUUGAAUUCGACCCAGGCCCUAAGGAAAUACAAAAAACUUUGGUGGUCUUAGAGGGAAUGUUACGACGAAGACAAGAAUUGCAAACAGCCGGAAGAAACGCCGGGUCAAAUAUCUGGCAAAAUCUAUACUCUGUUCUCAUUGAUAAAAGUUUGUUAUUUUAUGGCGAUAAGAAGAGUUUUAGCGGAGGAGGAAACCAGGUUUCGCCUCAAAUAGAACUGCGGGGCAGUCGGUUACACGUCGAGGAAGAAAGUACCAACCACGAGUUCCGACUGCUACUGCCCGAUGGAUCACAGUUCUUGUUCAGAUGUAAGGAUGUCCUGGAUUUUCAUCGAUGGACCAAUGAGAUCGAAGCAAGUACGAAUGAUGGCGAGGAUGUGCAAAGCAAUGGAGGGCAUGAGAAAAUAGAAACAGACCAAAUAAGUCCAAUGUCCCUGGACAAAGUGUACGCAACGGAUCAGCACUCCUCGCCGAACCGUGCGCCAUCCUUAGGGAAGAUGGCAAGAUCAUCGACAUUACCCAACCCAGUCAUUACGGUAACAAGUUUUGACGACGAGGAUGAUUAUGAUGAGAAUGUUAAUGACUAUGAUGAUAGCGAUGGUGAGAUUUCUGCUGAUGAUUAUGUUAGUGGUGAAGAACAUGUCGCGGCUUACGUGCCCUCCUACCCCAGCGAUGACGUACCCCCUCGUGACCCGGAGUCAGGCCCACCCCUCCCCCCGUCUAGUCCUCCAUACAGCCAGCUGGCCAGUGAUGAUGUCAUUGAUUACGGAGAUGGCGAAGUAAUAUCAGAAGAGGACAUCCUUGCCGAAUUUUACCCGGAUGCACCUCUUGACUUUAACGAUAAUAGUAUCGAUAAUAUCCCCGCUCCGCCAUUAGAGUUCGAUGGACUAGAUGAAGGAGACGUUGAUGACGAUUUGACUGGUCUACCUGUUGCGCCUCCUCCGCCAGUCCCAGUCUCCACGGAGGUUGAGCCCAUGCGUCCUCCAAGGAAGAUGCGCGCGCCACCGCCUCCAAGUACCCGUAUCCCGGAUGUUCGGUAUCGAUCGAGUAGCCAAGAUAGCAGGGACUCGGAUGAGUUACCCGAUAUUUUACCGCCACCAAAACCACCCAUCAAACCGAAACCCAAGGUCCCCGAGGACAAACGCCAUAAACCAAAAGGCGUAUUUGGAAUAUUUAAAAAGAAAAAGUAACGCGCUAUUUUUAUACUUGGCCUUAGUUUACCGGGAUAUAUUUUUUAUAUAUAAUUGCAUUGAUCAUUGAUCACAUUUUGCUGAUAUUUAUUGAUGCCAAUGACGACCCCAGAUCGAGAUGCUUGUCUGAAAAGAUUCUUCAGUUUUUAUCAUUUGUGUGCUGUUUGGUGGAGAUCCCCAGAGAUUGAAGGAUUAGAUGAGAACUUCCAUCAUUGAUUAAAACAAGGGGCUCAUUAACCCCUAGUAAAGCUGGAUUAAAUUAGAGUUGUCAAUCUCAAAGCGUGAGUUAACAAGAUUUCGAUCUUGUUGAGAGUAAAGACAAUGAACAAUAAAUGCGAAAUUUCCGA